UCACGCUUUCGUCUCCUCUAAACUUACUGGUAACCAGCGGCGACGAGCUGCUUCGCUGAAACCGGCUACCGCCGGUAGUCGGAAGUCUACGGUGGGACGCAAACGGCCGUAACGGACACCUGACGACCGGGGCGAAAUCCUCCGGUGAACGAGCUCAAGAUCGGCGAGUCCCGCUUUCGGAUCUCUUCUGUAAAGGGUUCCCCUUCUCCCCCACCAAGAUCUCGAGUCCUCUCUGCCGGGUGAGUUCUUGCUUGGAUCUCAGGUGUCGAUCGCCCCAUGAACACGAUCUGGUUGGCUUCUUGUAGGUUGAGUUCGGAAUUGUGGUUUGAAUCCUCUGCGUGUUCGGGGUUGGGAGAUCUCGCAUUCUUGAUGAAUACGUUGAUCUGCCGACGGAAUCUUGGUUCUUGAUUUCGUAAGGGUUUCAGAAUAUCGGUUUGUUGGUUCUUGGUUGGAUCCCUUCCAGAUCUGAUCGCAGAUCAUUCUCGCCGGAAUUUGGCUUUUGAUGAGAUUCUUGUAGCUGUGAUUUCUCGAAUUGAAGUUCUUGGGGAAAUGAGGGGCUUGAGAUCGAAGUGUAAAGUUGUUGUUCUUGUACUUCUCUUUGUAUGGGUGGCUAUCACGGGGCUAUAUGAACUGUUGAAACCAGUCCCGAGUGGCUGCAUCAUGACAUACAUGUAUCCGAUGUAUAUCCCUAUCCCCACGCCCGCUAAUGUCUCGUCGGACAAGUACGGGCUGUUCUUGUACCAUGAGGGAUGGAAGAAAAUUGAUUUCGAUGAGCAUCUGAAGAAAAUUAAUGGCGUCCCUGUUCUUUUCAUACCUGGAAAUGGUGGCAGCUACAAGCAGGUCCGGUCUUUGGCUGCCGAAUCUGAACGGGCUUACCAAGGAGGACCACUUGAACUAACUUUCUACCAGGAAGCAUCUGUUGUACCGGAAAAGACAAAAACUAAGUCGGAGGAUCUGGAUAACUUUGUGCUUCCCACCCAAUAUAAUCAUAAGCUUGACUGGUUUGCUGUGGAUCUCGAAGGGGAACAUUCUGCCAUGGAUGGUCGGAUACUUGAAGAGCAUACCGAAUAUGUUGUAUAUGCAAUCCAUAGGAUCUUGGAUCAAUAUCAAGAGUCUAAAGAAGCCCGAUCUAAAGAAGGUGCUGAUGUUUCCGGAAGCCUGCCCUCAAGUGUAAUAUUAGUUGGCCAUUCAAUGGGUGGCUUUGUGGCUAGAGCUGCAAUUGUGCAUCCAUACUUGCGGAAAUCAGCUGUCGAAACCAUAAUAACACUUUCAAGCCCACACCAAUUGCCUCCAAUUGCACUGCAACCAUCCUUGGGGCACUAUUUUUCACAAGUGAAUGAAAAAUGGAGAAAGGGUUAUGAGAUGCAAACAAACAAUAUUGGCCAUAUUAUAUCUGGUCCAAAAUUAUCUCAUGUUGUUAUUGUCUCUGUAUCUGGCGGCAUUUACGAUUACCAGGUCCGUUCCAAAUUGGCUUCUUUAGAUGGCAUCGUUCCGUUUACUAAUGGUUUUACAAUAGGAAGCUCAGGUAUGAACAAUGUCUGGCUUUCAAUGGAGCACCAGUCUAUUCUCUGGUGCAAUCAAUUAGUUGUACAGAUUUCACAUUCUCUUCUUAGUAUGGUAAACUCUGAAACUGGGCAACCAUAUCCAAGUGUAGCAAGAAGGAUACUUGUGCUAACAAAAAUGCUUCAAAGUGGCAUACCUCAUAGUUUAAACUGGCUGGGGGAUAUGCAUACAUCUCAGGUUUCAAUAAAGCUUCCCAUCAAGGAUGCUGCACGUCAUACUGAUCCUCCAGUGCAGGAUCGAUAUUCAUGCCCCCCCUCUGUUCACUGGAGUGAUGAUGGCCUUGAGAAGGAUCUCUACAUAGAAUCAACCACUGUUACGGUUUUAGCGAUGGAUGGGAAGAGGCGUUGGUUGGACAUUAAGAAACUGGGUUCAAAUGGUAGAGGACACUUCAUCUUUGUAACAAAUCUUGCUCCCUGUUCUGGGGUUAGACUUCACCUGUGGCCUGAGAAGUCGAAAAAAUCAUUAUUAGGUGAACUGCCUGUUAGUAGGAGAACCAUUGAGGUGACAUCAAAGAUGGUUCACAUUCCUGCAGGACCUGCACCAAGACAGAUUGAACCAGGAAGCCAGACUGAACAAGCACCUCCAUCUGCCUUUCUUCAGCUAACUCCUGAGGAACUGCAUGGUUUUCGAUUCUUGACCAUUUCAGUCGCUCCACAUCCGACUGUUUCAGGUAGGCCUCCGCCUGCUGCUUCUAUGGCAGUUGGACAAUUCUUCAACCCUGAGGAAGGAGAGAGAAAAUUUUCUGCUGCUAUGCUUCUUCGGUCUAGCUAUGUGCAAGAGGAAAUGUUGCUUAAGGAGGAUCAUCCACUUGCUUUCAAUUUGUCGUUCUCCAUAAGCCUUGGUCUUUUGCCAACUAUUUUGUCUCUAAAGACAACUGGUUGUGGGAUAAAGUCUACUGCUGAACAAACUGGAGAUGAUGAGCAAAGCAGGUUUUGCAAACUUCGUUGUUUCCCACCUGUUGCCCUGGCUUGGGAUUCGGUAUCUGGUCUACAUGUCAUUCCCAACAUGUAUACUGAGACUAUCACUGUAGAUUCAUCACCUGCAAUGUUUGAUUCUAGUCCAGAGUCUGACAAAACUAUUGUAUUUUUGUUGGUGGACCCACACUGCUCAUAUACAAUGGGUAUUUCUGUUUCUUUAACUGCUGCAGCAAGCAGAUUUUGUCUUUCAUAUUCUUCACAGAUUACUGGUUUCAUGAUAGCGGCUGUGUUUUUUGCUCUGAUGCGGCAAGCACGUGCUUGGGAACUCGAUGCAUCACUUCCAUCCAUUUUGUCAGCUUUGGAGUUUAAUUUGAGGAUGCCACUUCCUUUUCUGAUCUUUGCUGUGUUACCUGUUUUUGUUUCUUUGCCUGUUCUAUUGCUGACAAGGCAACAUGUGCCUCCAAUUGCAAGCUACAUCUCUCUUUCUGUAUUGUGCUAUUUAGUUGCAAAUGGAUCUGUGAUGAUAUUGAUUCUAAGUUCUCAGCUGAUCCUCUAUGCUGCUGCAACUAUACAUGUUUACAUCAAGAAAAGCUGGCUGGCAUGGGAAGACAACUUUCAGAUUGCGUUUUUGAAUCAAAUAUUUAGGUUUACAUCAAUCUUUUACUCAUUGAAGAUUGUGCAGAUUCUCAGGGGCAGUCCAAAUUUCGUUGUAGCAUUUGUUGCAAUUCCACUGGUCUGUUUUGUUCAUCCAGCACUUGGCCUGAUUGUAUUGCUUAUAUCUCAUGCUUUCCAGUGUCAUGCUGCUCUGUGCAGUUUUUUGACGGCUUCUUUACGCAGCCAUGCUCAAAGAAGGGAAUUCUCUGGCUCAGGAACCAAUUGCAAGCCUUUUUUGCUAUCCAAAUGUGGAACAACUGAUGAUUUUGAUUCACUGCUUCCUGUCGAUGAAAUCUCUCCAACUAGCCCAAACACAGUGAAAAGCUUUGGUGACAGUCAACUAGAAUUUUUCAAUUACCAGCACAGCAUAUUGAUCUUGCAUCUUCUUGCUACACUGAUGUUUCUACCAUCACUAGUUGCCUGGUUGCAGAGAAUUGGGAUGGGCCAGAGCUUCCCUUGGCUUAUCGAUUCUGUUCUAUGCAUGGGUGUCAUUCUGCAUGGUCUUUGUGGAUCGAGGCCAGAUGUGAACUCUAUUUAUUUGCCCUUACAGGGCAGUCAUGGUCGCGAAGUUGGCUUUGGCCUUGUGUAUUUUCUUGCUGGGUAUUUUACUUUCUUGAACACUCUUGUUUCGACCCCUUACAGAGCAUUCUACGCCAUGGCGGCUAUAGGAACCAUAUCUUGCAUUUUGAAGAGUAUUGAUAAAAGGAAUAGAGAAAGAGGAGACAUUCAUUCUAGAAGUAGGCGGAGACAUUCUCAUAAACACUAACUACCGACUUCCCAAUGGUUUGAAAGAAGUAUCAUAUGGUGCGUGCAUGUUAGUUGCUUUCUGGAUGGUUGUCUGCGGUACAACUUACAGAACAACUAGCUGCCAUGGUCAUGACACUGUAUGAGCUACAAUUCCUCCAGUUUUGAUGUGGGACAAGAAAGAAGCAGCAUUGUUUUUCUUUUUCUAAAUUUUGGGAAGAACAUCCAUCCAUUCCCAAAGUAAGAAAUUAUCACAUGUAAUUUGCUGCAUUUUCAAAGCAAAUUCGAAUGCACCAUUUUUAUA